CCAUUCGUUACAAGUUCAAUCUCCAAUGCCUGAGCUUAUGAAAGUGAUAUUGUCUUGGAGUCACAACUCACGAUGUUACGCUCAGUCGCAGGCCGUCCAAUUCGAAGUCUUUUACAGGCUUCACUGAAUCAAGCAAAACAGAAUGUGCGACACAGGUCUCGACUUCCCAUCAACACUGUGAUUUUAUUUGUACCUCAACAAGAAGCCUGGGUUAUUGAAAGAUUUGGAAAGUACAAACAGAUUUUGGAACCGGGUUUCAACAUUAUAUUGCCUAUCAUCGACUCCAUAAAGUAUGUCCAAAGCUUAAAGGAAAUUGCGAUAGAUGUACCACACCAGGCAGCCAUUACUCUGGACAAUGUCACCUUGACUAUGGAUGCUGUGUUAUACUUGAGGGUAGUUGAUCCAUUUAAGGCGUCCUAUGGUGUUGAAGACCCAGAGUAUGCCAUCACCCAACUGGCACAGACCACCAUGAGGUCUGAGAUUGGCAAGAUUGCUCUGGACACAGUGUUCAGGGAGAGAGAAUCUCUAAACAUUGCUAUCGUUGAUUCUAUCAAUACUGCCGCCCAUGCCUGGGGAAUCAAAUGCAUGAGAUAUGAGAUUCGUGAUAUGACGUUACCAAGUAAAGUACAAGAGGCUAUGCAGAUGCAGGUGGAGGCAGAGAGGAAGAAAAGAGCCGCAGUGUUAGAGUCAGAAGGUAGUCGUGAAGCAGAAAUUAAUGUUGCAGAAGGAAGAAAACGAGCAAGAAUUUUGAAUUCCGAAGCUGUGAAAGCUGAACAAGUCAAUCAGGCUCAGGGUGAAGCAGAAGCAUUGGUCGCAAAAGCCACAGCCAAAGCAAAGUCUAUUGAAAUGAUUGCUGAUGCCCUGGACCAAAAUAAUGGCAUGAAUGCAGUAUCGAUGAAUAUAGCAGAACAGUACGUGUCAGCGUUUGGGAACCUGGCCAAAGAGGGCAAUACUGUGGUUCUCCCCAUGAACAGUGGUGAUGUAUCUGGAGCGGUGACCCAGGCCAUGACAAUGUACCAGGCAUUAUCAAAAGACACAAGUAAGCAGCUCGGCAUCAAAGAGUUACCAAAGAGGACAGACAAUGAGAAGUCAUAGCCUGAGAACACUGAGAUUAGUUUCAAAUUGUUCUUAAAUGGUACACAAAAAAUGUUUUGCACUCUGAUGUCUACUUGAGUAUAUGGAGCAGGUUGCAUUUGUUUUUGCCUGAAACUUCAUAUUUCCUGCUCCAUUGUUAUAUAUUUAACUAACAACUUGGUUCAUUGAUUUGUUAGAGUCAUUUUUAUACAGAAUUACAGCAUAGUAGUGGAGGUUAUCAGAGUAAAAAGUGAGUGUUCAGUUUUGUCCCAUUCCAAAUUGCCAGCUGUAGGCUUCUUCUUUUUUCUUCUCGAUCACACCUUACUUGAAGUCCGGUUUCUAUCAUAUAAUGGGCCAUCCUGCUCAGUUCUUCUGUUAGUUUGUAUAAGCUUACCCUGUAGAGUUAAUGGGGUUGGCUAUGUUUCCUGGCUCAGGGCUCUAUGUGUCUUGCACUGCUGGAGAGUAUGUUCUAAAGUUUGGUCUGCUUCUCCACACUGGCAUUUUGGUGAUUGCACUUCAUUAAAACAUUUGUACAUGUGUUGUCCGAGUCUUGUGUGUUGUGAUUUUAGUCUGAAGAUAAUGCCAGCAGUACUGUCCAGUUAUCUGCGUUUGUGAACAAUGUUUGUUAAAAAAAAGUGUGUUUUGAUCUGUUGGCGUUUUGUGGCUGUGGUGAUGCAUUAGUAUUUCACUGGUCAAGAUAGUACACAUUUUGUUUUUCGUAUAACAAGGGGAGAAGGGUAUCAGAAGGCAUUGUUACUAAACUCCUUUGACUGGUUUGGCCAAGAUAUUUGAUCGUCUGAAAAUUAAUGAGAGAAUAAAAUGAAAUUGUCUUUGCCAGUGACCCUAUGGGUGUUGGAGAAAACUGAUUUGGUGAGGAAGGCAUGUCGAUUCAUUUGCUAUCGCUAGUUCACUUUUGUCUGUCUGCAUUAAAAAAAUUCCAGCUUAUUUAUAAAUUUACCUAUGCCCACGAAACUUUGUAUGGCCCUUCUGCAGGCCAACGACUAAACAAAAAUAUUUUAAAACAAAAUCUUGAUCCUGGAAUAAAAAAGUUUAUUUGGGCCCUGUAUUGAAAACCACUCUUUGGGUGUAUACAUGAGGAUCACGAAAAUAAAUGUCUUACAGUAAUCUUGCCUACAAACUGCUCGUUUUGAGACAGUGGCACUAACCUGUCCCCUCAAUUCAGUGUAAGCUUGUAGAUUUCAUCCCACCACUAUCCAGGCGUCUCUAGGCAAGUCGAGAGAAAAUUUCAUACUCCGCCACUUAAAUUUUGUUUCUUUGGCAUUCUUGAAAUAGUUUAAAGGGUGGUGUUGAGAAAAAUAUAUCAACUUUAAAAGUGUUUUAGGUUUAUGCUGUAAAUCCUCUAUAAUUUGUUUUUACCUGCUUCAGCCCUACAUUUUUAAAAAAUGUGUCGGAACCUUAGUUUGUAGUGACCUUUAUAAAUGGGUUAUUAGAUUCUUUUGGUCAUCAUCCAACUUUUAAACCCAUUAAGAUUCUUUUGGUCAUCAUCCAACUUUUAAACCCAUAUAUAUGCAAAGAUCGGAGAAAAUUAAACAGAGUAUUUAAUUUUGCCUUGUUUUAACCGGUCGGACGAAAGUGAACAAGCUGUAACAGGCUUAUUUAUUUGAUUUGCAACAAUUUGUUGGUCAAUUCUAAUGAAGUACUGAGAAUAGAGUUUUGAUUCUGUUUCAUGAGUAAAUGUAAUUUAACAUGUUUGGAUUUAUAAAAAAUAAACAAAGACAAAUUU